AUGUAUGCAGCAGCUGAAGCAGUUGUGAGUACCGAGCACCGAAAACUUGCCCUUGUGAUUGGAAACAAUAACUAUACAGAGUCACCACUCACCAAUUGUGUUAAUGAUGCUAUAGACUUGAGCAAUCAACUGGCAAAAGUUGGAUUUCGUGUGCGCAUUGAAGUGGAUGCCAACUAUGAGGAUAUGGAUAACGGCAUAAAAAAAUUUAUGAAUCGUAUCAUGCCUGAUGAUUUUGUUCUCUUUUUCUUUGCUGGUCAUGGAGUGCAAUGGGAAAAGCAGAACUAUUUAAUACCAUGCGAUGAUAAUCUCAUUAGAGAGUUCAUUGAUUUGAAACAUCAAGCUAUGAAUGCGCAGCGAGUUCUUGAACUGAUAUCUGCUAAAAAUCCUUUUGCCAUUUUAUUUUUUCUCGAUUGUUGCCGAUCGUAUUGGUUGCCAAGUUUGCCUAGAAGUAUAACUAGUGCAGACCUAUCUAUAGGAAUGGCUCCAAUGUCCGCUUUAGCUGAUUCAUUGAUUGUUUUUGCCUGUGCUCCAGGAAAAACGGCCGUCGAAAUUACAUCAUCGAACGGACGAAAUGGGGUUUUUACUUAUCAUCUGUUGCAACAUCUGUUGACGCCAGGUGAAAAUAUAACAAUUGUAAUGAUUGAUGUAACUCAUGCAGUUGCUAGAGAAACAAGAAAUAAACAAAUCCCUUAUACUAUAAGUGCGUUACGUAGACCAGAUGUAUAUUUGAUACCACCGGAAAUUCAACAAGCAAAUCAAGAAGACACAGGAUCAAAUCUGCUACGAUCGAACACCCGAUCCACAAAGAAGCUGGCUUUCAAUAUUCCAGCUAAUGCUCGAUGGACUCAGAAUGGAGUGACUGUUGCUGGAGGUCACGGAGAAGGUAAUGCCAUUAAUCAACUCGACCGUCCUUUUGGUCUCUUUGUUGAUGAUGAUGAAACGAUAGUUAUCGCUGAUGCAUGGAAUUAUCGCGUCGUUCAAUGGAAGAAGGAUGAUACGAAUGGACAAGUGGUAGCUGGUGGCCAUGGUCUUGGUUGUCGAUUGGACCAAUUGCAUUUUCCAACUGAUUUGCUGAUCGACAAAGAGACGAAUAGUCUCAUUAUCAGCGAGUGGCACAAUCGACGAGUCGUACGAUGGUCUCGUUGUAGCGGUACCACUCAAGGAGAAAUUCUCCUUGAGGGCAUAGAUUGUUUUGGAAUAGCCAUGGAUAAUCAAAGAUGUCUCUACGUCUCUGACUUCGAAAAACAUGAAGUCAGACGAUAUCAAAUGGGAGAGACAAAAGGAAUCAUUGUGGCCGGUGGCCACGGUAGAGGUGAUGGUCUCAAUCAACUUCACUGGCCGACUUACAUAUUUGUCGAUCGACAAAAGACUGUCUACGUAUCGGACUACAAAAAUCAUCGUGUGAUUAAAUGGCAUAAAGAUGCAAAAGAAGGAAUUGUUGUUGCUGGAGGUCAAGGUACAGGACAGACUAUGGCACAUCUGAUGUACCCGAAAGGAUUGUUCGUUGACGCAUGGGAUACUAUUUAUGUGGCAGAUGCGGGAAAUGGUCGAGUAAUGAGUUGGCAUAAUGGAGCAAAGCAAGGUACUAUAAUUGUGGGUGGCAAUGGGGAGGGAGAAGGAGCAAAUCAGUUGAGCAAUCCUUGGGGUUUGUCCUUGGAUCAACAUGGCAAUCUUUAUGUCGUCGAUCAUGGAAAUGAUCGAGUUCAACGCUAUUCUAUUGAAUAG